CUCACUCCAGUACAGUAGGUGGCGGGGUAUGCACCUUAAAAGUUGGAUGCGAUCCGCCAACCCAAUCCCGAAGCAGAAGGAGGACGAAGAAGAAGAAGAAGAAGAAGAAGAAGGAGAAGAAGAACGCAACGAAGAGCAGUCCAUGGCUUCUUCAGACGUCUUUGUUGCUGCUGCUCGCAAAUGUCUACGAGUUGGAAAGAAACGCUUCUCCGCCACUGUGAGUCUGAACCUGGCUACUCAGGUCCUGGCUGUGGACUUGGGCCUGAAGCCCGCUCUGCUAUAUGACAGUAAUACAGCAUCUGCAGAGCAGGUCCAACAGUAUUUAAACUCUCUGCAGGCUGCACAACUUGUGUCUAAAUCUCUCCAGACAUUGGUCAUCAGUGAGAAUUCCUUGAUUGUGAACCCAUCCCUAACUAUAGCAAACCUGGAGGCACUUCUCUUAAGGAGGACUGUGACUGUGGUGGAUGUAUGUCACUCACUGGAGCAGCCUGCCAUCACUGAGCUACAGUGGGGAGCUAUCAGGGACAUGAUUCAGGCUUUACUGGCUCAUAUUAGACAGUUUGGGCAACAUUCUGCGAUGAGAAAUGUCCCUCACCGAAUUGAAAAGAGACAUUGUGAGACAUGGAAUCUGUGUACUCUAUUCGGGAUUCUAUUGGGCUACCCCUCCACAUACUGGUUUGACCAGAGCAGGAGCUUUGAGAACUGCCUAGCUAUGUCUCCACUCGUGGUAACCAAGGCUGUGGCAUCCUGGCAGGGUGGUGAUUCUGGAGUUGAGGGUCACAGGUGUUGCCUGUAUUCCUUCAGCACCCCAGAGAUGUUGCAGGCAGACACUCAGUCAGUGAUGGCUAGCUGGACUACACAGCUUCAGGAACGAUUUCAGCAGCAGAAGGUCUUGUCUGGACUCAGUGUAACCAGAUCAACUGUCACCUUACCUUCUGUGGCUCUAUGAUUAUAAUGGCACUUUGUGGAUGGAUGUUGUAUGAAAAAUGUGACGGUAUUUGUAUUUUGGAAAUUGUCUGUAAAACAAUUGAUAAGCAAACAUUGAAGAAGCACUUGUUCAUGUUUCCAAACUGAUUUACAUAAUCAGUUUGGAAACAUAAUUUAUUUAAAAUAUAAAUGCAUUUGUGAGGGAAGUUAACACCAAUGACUACAUCAAGCUUGUGGCUACAAACUUGUUGGAUGCAGUGCGUUUUGUUUUGGUUGUUUCAGAUUGUUUUGCCCAAUAGGAACUGAAUGGUGAAUAAUUAAUAUUGUCAUUUUGGUGUCACUUAUUGUAAAUAACUAUGUUUCAGAACACUCCUACAUGAAUGUGUAUGCUACCAUGAUUACGAGUAAUCAUGAAUAAAUUGUAAAUGAGUGAGAAAUUAAGAGGCACAAAGAUCUUGAUCUUUAUUCCUGAUUUUGGGGGUAUUUAAUUUUUUAUUUAACUAGGCAAGUCAGUUAAGAACAUUCUUAUUUACAAUGAUGGCCUACCCCAACCAAACCCUAACCCGGACGACACUGGGCAAAUUGUGCACCGCCCUAUGGGACUCCCAAUCACGGCCGGUUGUGAUACAGCCUGGAAUUGAACAAGGGUCUGUAGUGACACCUCUAGCACUGAGAUGCAGUGCCUUAGACCGCUGUGCCACUCGGGAGCCCAAAAUAGUAUAAUAUGAUCACUAUUAUUCAUGAUUAUCUGUAAUCAUGGUAGAAUCCACAUUAGUGUUCAGAAACAUUCUAUUUUUUUUUUACCAUAAGUGACUCCAAAAUGACUAUACAUUAUUCGCCAUUCACUUCCUAUUGGGCAAAACAGUCUGACACAACCAAAUCAAACUGCAUAUGCAUCCAACAAGUUUGUAGAGUCACAAGCUUGAUGUAGUCAUAGUGUGCUAGGAAUAUGGGACCAAGUACUUAUUACUUUUUCAAAUGGGUGGGCUAGAUGCAUAAAAUUCCUUCAUUUCUAAACAAUAAAACAUAUGUAUGAAAAUACCCUCAAAUUAAAGGUGACAUUCUAUGC